UUCUAUAUUCCCAUUAAACCUUAUCAUUAUUACUACACUCAUAUCAGCUAAGAGAACCAAAGAAAAAGAAAAUGGCAACAAUAGCUGGUGUGAGCCUUUCAAGCCCUGGGGUACUUGCUAAAGGACCAGACUCACUGCAAAAGCAAAAGCCACAAGCCAUCAGGUUCCCACAGUUGCUCAACCAAAGGUGUCCCGCUAUGGUCCGGUCCGGUCGGAUGGUUAGCUUCCAACCCGUGCGCGCAGCACCGGAGGGAAUAUCAGGGAAGGUGGAGGAGAGCAUCAAGAGUGCUGAGGAGACAUGCUCGGAAAAUGCUACCAGCGGCGAGUGUGCCGCGGCUUGGGAUGAGGUGGAGGAGCUGAGCGCGGCGGCGAGCCACGCGAGGGACAAGCUGAAAGAAACCGACCCGCUUGAGAACUACUGCAAGGAGAACCCGGAGACUGAUGAGUGCCGUACCUACGAUAACUGAUAUUCCAAAUUCUGUGUUUAGCUUACUGGAGUUGAAUGGAGUAUACACUAUGUAUUGAUUAAUUUUUACUCCUAUAUAUUUAGCAUGAUCCAAUAUUUAAUACCAUCUCCUAAAGGUAAUCAAACGGGCAUUCAUAUUA